AUGUCUGGGUCAAAGGACAAUGGCUCGAGCAGUCGUUCCAUGACCUCCAGGACUGGACGGAGCAAUCAACGUUACAACAAAGCUGGCGAACGUCUCGUCGCCGGAGUCGUCCCCGUAACCCCCGACCUCAACUACGUCCUCCUGAUCCAAUCGACUCGCCGCAAGGGCUGGGUCCUUCCCAAGGGUGGGUGGGAGACGGAUGAGACAUGCGAGGGUGCCGCCACCCGGGAAGCCUGGGAGGAGGGUGGCAUCACGAUCAAAAUCGACUACACCCUCGAUGAAAUUGAGGAGAAGCGUCCUCCCAAGAGCAGCAAGGAACGGGCCAGAUACUACUUCUACCAGGCCACAGUACUGGAAGAGUUCAGUGAAUGGCCUGAGAGGCAUAAGCGUGAGCGCAAGUGGUUUACCUACUCCGAGGCCGUCCAGGCUCUAGAGUCUCGGCCCGAGCUCCAAGAAGCACUCGAGAGGUCUACACUCAACCGUCUAUGA